GCAUUAGCCUGCAGACAUUUGGAGUCCUCCACAGUGACCUUCAGACCGUUGGGUGUGGCGUUGAAGAUGGCAUGGUCUUUGAAUGUGAUUGCUUUGAGUUUUGCGCAUGUGUAAAUUAAUGGACUUCCAGAGACUUCGCAGGAGAGACCAAAACACAUGAGAAAUAUCCUGUCUACAACGGCAGUACGUGACAACGGUGGUGUUUUAUAAUACACAGAGGUUCUUCAUUUUCGUCAUGGUGUGCAUCCCCUGUAUUGUGAUUCCUGUCCUGUUGUGGGUCUACAAGAGGUUCCUGGAGCCUUUCCUCUAUCCUUUCAUUUCACCAAUUAUUAACACAUUCUGGACCAAAAAAGCGGUCCAGGAGACUGCCGCUACUGACCAAAAAGUUAUCGACGAUAGUAAUGGGACCAAGCCUGAAAGCAACGGUGAGGCCACUUCCAACGGAUCCACUAUAGUAGCAGAUAAGAAGACAGAUUGACAGCUCUAAAUGUUUAUAAUGCAUCUAAAACAAUGUAAAUAUUCCAUUAAUAUAAUAUAGAGAAACUAUGAAUUAACUUAUCAUUCUUCUUUGAAUGGAAUGGUUUUUAAUAAACCUUCCAUAUUGUGCGGACCUUGAUUUUAAUUUUUUCAUUUGUAUAAUAGUAACUUUAAGGAAUUUGUUAUUGUUGAUAUAUUUUCCUCGUUAAUCAUGAAUUGAUAUAUGCAUUUACUGUGUUAAAUAUUCACUGUUGAUGGAAUAUUUCUUUUUCUAUGUCAAAAUUGCAGUUUAAUGAAGUAAUAAAAGAAAACAUUGGAAAUAA